AUGUACUGCGAUCAUCCCGGGGGCGCUCCCUCGCUUGCCCUGUGGCAGACUGGGGUGAGCCCGCGGCGAACCACGCCCAAGAGGUCGGAUGACGGCAGUGAGGCGAGCACUGGGUCCGGCGGCGCGCAGGGAGUUGGAAACUCCGAGCUCCCUGGCCACGACAGCAUUGCCUUCCCUGGUCUCCGGUUGGUCGAUCCCAAGACCGAGUUGGGCUCGGCGGGCGGCGACUGUGGUGGUCUCCUGCGCAUCUGA